CUGUUCAGAACAGGGGAAGAGUCCUUUCCAAAUUCAGAACCUGGUAAAAAAAAAAUCAUUAAAAAACCAAUAAAUCCAAAUUGUAGCCUCGGGUACCAGCGAGGGAGCUGCAGUGUGGAGAGGGUCGCCAUCCCUUGGAGCCGCUGCCGAGCCUGGGGCCUGUGACUUAUGUCUGAGAUUAAUGGGGUAGGAGGAUUAAAAACAAACCCGAAGCAGCAGCAGCGAGCCACGCCUGGCUGGCUGCCAGCGCAGGGCAGUGACGGAGCAUUUACAGCAUCCCCGCCUCCCGCAUGCGGCGGGGACGGGGCUCGGCGCCGCAUCCCCCGCGGCCGGUUCUGCACCGAGUCGCACCACACCGGGGCUGGGGGGGAGGGGGGGAGCUCAGCGCCUCUGCCGGGGCCCGGGCGGCUCCCAAGGGGUUAAACCGAGACCUGCCGCGGGACUUGCUCAGCCAGCCCGGCAACUCGGCGGCGCGCAGCAGGCGGGCUGCGGCUGGCUCCCGCUCGCUUCACCGGCACGGAGGGGCCGCGCUCCGCGCAGGCACCAGUGAGGCUGCGGCCGUGAGUGCUCAUCCCUUCCCCUUCUCCACUGUUCCUGCCCGCCACCAGCGGGUUUCUGGCACUGCACAGCCAUGACAACCUCAGCACUGCGCCGGCAAGUGAAAAACAUAGUACACAACUACUCAGAGGCAGAGAUCAAGGUGCGGGAGGCCACCUCAAAUGAUCCCUGGGGACCCCCUAGCUCCCUGAUGUCAGAGAUUGCUGACCUCACCUUCAACACGGUGGCCUUUGCUGAGGUCAUGGGCAUGAUCUGGCGGCGGCUGAAUGACAGUGGCAAGAACUGGCGGCAUGUCUACAAGGCCCUCACCCUCCUGGACUACCUCAUCAAAACUGGGUCCGAGAAGGUGACUCACCAGUGCCGGGAGAACCUCUACACCAUCCAGACACUGAAGGACUUUCAGUAUGUGGACCGCGAUGGCAAGGACCAGGGCAUCAACAUCCGUGAGAAGGUGAAGCAGGUGAUGGCUCUGCUGAAGGACGAGGAGCGGCUGAAGCAGGAGCGUGCACAUGCACUGCAGACCAAGGAGCGCAUGGCCCUCGAGGGCAUGGGCAGCGGCAGCCACCAGUCCUCCUAUGGCCGCCGUGCUUCACCCUAUGGUGAUGACUAUGGCCGAGCACGGGGCUCUCCCUCCUCCUUUAACUCAUCAUCCUCUUCCCCACGCUUCACCUCUGACCUGGAGCAAGCGAGGCCCCAGACAACGGGUGAGGAAGAACUGCAGCUUCAGCUUGCACUGGCCAUGAGUCGGGAGGAGGCAGAGAAGAAGCCACUUCCUCCACUUUCCAGCACAGAUGAAGAAAGGCAAUUGCAGCUAGCACUUGCACUGAGCAAAGAAGAGCACGAGAAGGAGGUGAGGGCCUGGCAAGGGGAGAACUCCAUGAUGCAGAAACCAAUGGAGGAGACUUCCCAGAGCAGGGAGGAAGAAGAAGAAGAAGAAAAGAUAAAGAAAAGCCAGUCUUCUAUCUUGGAGCUGGCAGAUAUCUUUGGGCCAACAGCAGCUCCCUCCAGCCACACGUCUUCUGACCCAUGGGACAUGCCAGAUAUGGAAGCCAAAGCGGAGCCAGCAGCCUCUGCCUGGGCUGGUGCAGCUGACCCAUGGGUGCCCGUCACAGCUGCCAGCAGGGAGCCUCUCUCCCAGGCGAGCUCCUCAUCUCAGCAAACCUCCGCUGGGCCCUGGGAUUUCCCUCCUGGCAACACUGCAGCCUCCGACCCUUGGGGGAAGGUGCCCUUGUCUUCUGGCUUCCCUCCAGCAGACCCCUGGGUGGCGGCAUCCCCCCCUGCCCAGGUCUCUGGUUCUACACCAGCCAUUGACCCUUGGGCUGCUGUGGCUGAGCAACCUCCUAACUCCGCUCCAGGGGCAGACACUUUUGACCCCUUUGCAAAGCCAGCGCUGGAGCAGGAGCCCUCACAGCCAUCCUCCUCAGCCAAAUCAAACAGCCCCAUUGAGCUGGACCCGUUUGGCAACCUGUUCCCUGGCACCAGGCAGGAUGAGGCAAAGAGUUUUGAUCUCACCAACCUGUCUGACUCCCUGCCUGAAUCUGGCAAGGAGCGAAAGGACUGUAAAACCCCUGAAGCUUUCCUGGGUCCCGCUGCUUCCUCCCUGGUCAACCUGGACUCCCUGGUCACCCCUACGCCAGCCUCCAAGACACGCAAUCCAUUUCUCUCAGGUCUGAGCACGCCGUCCCCAACCAACCCCUUUGGCCUCACUGAGCAGCCCAAGCCGACGCUCAACCAGAUGCGGACCAGCUCACCAGUGCCCAGCCUGCCCGCUGGCCACCCUGCUAACUCCAUGACCUACAGCACGUCCCUUCCACUGCCCCUCAGCAGCGUCCCAGCUGCUGCCACAGCCCUUCCUGUCUCUGCCAGCGCCUUCCCCCAAGCCGGCACCUUCCCUGACCUUCCCGGCAGCUUGCCGCAGCCUUUACUGCCAUUGAGCGGGUCCCCAGCCCCGCCAUCUGCUCCCGGGGGACUCAACCCCUUCCUCUGAAUCCUCUGGAUGUGUAGACUGGCCCCUUCCCCACCUAUUACAGACCCCCCCCGACCUUCCCACCGAGACUGAGGGGUGCCAGUGGUUCACUGUCUGCAAUGAAAGGUGUCCCCUACGCCAGCCCCCUCUCUGUGCACGUUGGCUGGGGGCACCAGCAUGAGCCCAUGUGCUUGACCAGCAAGAGGGGGACCCUCUUCCCCUGCAAAUGGCUGUGUAGAGGCCGCGGCAGGGCCCAUCCUAAGGGCUGUGAUCUGCGGAGCUCUGGUGCAGCCGUCUAGGCUGGUGCGUGGGGUCGCGGCCCCGGGGUGGAGGGCUUUGCCCCAGCGCUGGGAGGAGCUGCGAGGCAGCGAUAGGGCCGAGGGCACCUGGGGUAGCCCCCUCCCCCGGGUCUCCGGCUGGUUCGUGUUCCCUCUUGGCUAUCUCACAUCUUCCCGCGUCUCGCUCGUCCCUUGGCCCCUUCGUCUCGCUGUACCCCUUGGCUCUCUCCGGGCAGGACCCCGCGGAGGCAGCCGCCCCGCCCGCUGCUGAGCCUUCAAGGGGAGCGGGAGGCUGCGGGAGGGGCCGGUACUGUACUCGGAGGCUGCGAGAGCAGCGGCACAGGCUCCCUGCGAGACAAUAAAGCGCUGUGACCGA